UUUCUCUUCAAACAGAUCAGAAACCCGGAGUUAACUACUAGUUGGUGAAACUGGUUGGUAGACGGGAUCUGCUCGCUACCAUCAGCCUCCCCUGGCUGUUAAAAGCAGAUGGUGGCUGAGGUUGGUUCCAUGCCGGCUGCGUCCUCUGUGAAGAAGCCCUUUGGUUUCAGGAGGAAGAUGGGCAAAUGGGGCUGCCACUGCCUCCCCUGCUGCAGGGGGAGUGGGAAGAGCAACGUGGGCGCUUCUGGAGACCAGGACGACUCUGCUGUGAAGACACUCAGGAGCAAGAUGACUGCUCUACAUCUGGCCUCUGCCAAUGGGAAUUCAGAAGUAGUAAAACUCCUGCUGGACAGACAAUGUCAACUUAAUGUCCUUGACAACAAAAACAGGACAGCUCUGACAAAGGCCGUACAAUGCCAAGAAGAUGAAUGUGCAUUAAUGUUGCUAGAACAUGGCACUGAUCCAAAUAUUCCAGAUGAGUAUGGAAAUACCUCUCUACACUAUGCUAUCUACAAUGAAGAUAAAUUAAUGGCCAAAGCGGUGCUUUUACAUGGUGCUGCUAUUGAAUCAAAAAACAAGCAUGGCCUCACACCACUGUUACUUGGCGUACAUGAACAAAAACAGCAAGUGGUGAAAUUUUUAAUCAAGAAAAAAGCUAAUUUAAAUGCACUUGAUGGAUAUGGAAGGUGGUCAGUAUCAACACAAAUCUGUCAGUUAUUUUCUGACUACAAAGAAAAACGGAUGCUAAAAAUCUCUUCUGAAAAUAGCAAUCCAGACACCAUCAUCCUGGAGCGGUACCGCACCCUCACUAGCCAGGGUGUUGAUGACUUCCUCAAGGCCAAGGACACGUUCAAGGCUUCGGACUUCAUUGAUGCACUUGUGCUGAGCAAGGCGGGCUUCUCCGGGACCUUAAUUCAGGAGGUAGAAUGGAGCUUGGGAUCAAGCAUCUGGUGA